AUGACCAUCUCAAAGAAGCAUUUUCAUCUAAGAAGGACGUCGACGCGCACAAUCAACAAACAAGACGACACUCAAGUGGACAUUGCAAAGGCCAAUUUAGUCCCGCAAUACACUUCAGUAGAGAAGUUAUACAAGGCACAACCCAAAAGCCUCCCUCUUGGCCCAAAAUACACUAGAGGCCUGCCGAAUCCAGCAUGCAUCGACCGCUUUGAGAGUGCAAAAAAGCUUGCAGAGGAAAUCUUUGAGAAAGAUCAAGUGGAAGAGAAUCAUGCUGCUGUUGCUGUUGAUGGUCCUCGCUCUGCCCAACAAUCAAACUCCGUAGUAUAUGCUGCCAACGAGAGCAUCACUACCAGACAAAGACAGCAGCGACGCAAAAAGACGGUGCCAUUGCCAACAAAGUCGUUUCUGCCACUUGCUUCGCGCCAUCAUGAAGGGCUGGGGCGUAUACGCAAGAUUCAGAUUGGCUUGUAUGUGAUUGAUGUGUGGUAUUUAGCACCCUACCCAGAAGAGUACAGCCGGUUGAGUGUGCUGCACAUUUGCGAGUUUUGCCUCAAAUACAUGAAGAGCCAGUAUGUCGCAAAACGACACAAGAUCAAGUGUCCCAUGAAGCACCCACCUGGCGACGAGAUAUACAGAGAUGGCAUUGUGUCUAUAUUUGAAGUGGAUGGAAGAAAGAACAAGAUUUACUGUCAGAAUCUGUGCUUGCUGGCCAAGAUGUUCCUGGAUCACAAGACGCUGUAUUAUGAUGUAGAGCCAUUCUUAUUCUAUAUACUCACCGAGACAGAUCAGAAUGGAUGUCAUUUUGUGGGCUACUUUUCAAAGGAAAAGCAAUCUCUGUUGGAUUACAACUUGUCUUGCAUCAUGACACUGCCUGCAUUUCAGCGAAAGGGCUACGGACAAUUUCUGAUUGACUUUAGCUAUUUGUUGUCUCGAAAAGAAGGAAAAGUUGGAUCCCCUGAAAAACCACUGUCUGAUCUGGGUUUGCUGAGCUAUCGAAAAUACUGGACCAAUGCCAUCAGAAAGCAGCUAUACAACCAUCAAGGCCAGAUUACACUGCAAGAGAUCAGCAACAACACGGGCAUGACAUUAGCAGAUAUAAUAGCGACGCUACAACUCAACGAAAUGCUGAAAAAGAAGGAACAGGGAGAAUAUGAAAUAGUCAAUGAUUAUGAUGAGGACUCGAAAAAGCCAGCUUUAUACGCCAAAAACGAGUUAUUGACCUGGGUGCCUUACAUGGUUGCAGCAAAAGGAGAUGCCGGCAUCUUGAAUAUACCACGCGAACACAAACAUCGUUCUUCCAUGGAUAAAGGCAAGCUUGCUUCUUCAGACAUUUCAAAAAAUGCCAUCAUACCGACUUCCACACGCCGUCGAACAAGAGGAGAGAACAUGAUACAAAAGAGACCGUUUAGAUCUAGCACAAGGAGAUCUUUUACACGUUAA